GUUACUUUGUGAUGUCGUCGUCGAGUAAUUAUCGAGUGUCGUCUUUUGUAAAGUUUUAUCAAGGUAUUUGACUCAAUUUUUUAAUAGAUUGGAAUAUUCAUGAGUAAAGUUUUUUGAUAAUAUAAUUUGUGACUGCCCUGAUGUAAAAUUAUCAUUUAUAAUCAAUUUUGUAAAUCGACUAUACAAAGCUCGGGCAGCCAUAUUAAAAAAAAUUCAGUCAAAUUAUAAAUUUAUCCAUAUUCCUGGACUAAGUUGGUGAACGUGAUAAACUUUUCUAGUAGCCUAUGUCUCUGAAAGUGACUUCUCAUAAAAUUGGUUUAGUGUCGGACUUUGAAAAAGAUUUGUGAUCAUAAGUUUCUAAUUUUAGUCAUCCCUAGUGGGAUAGUUUGGCAAAAUGAUGACUGAAAAUAGAAUUAGUUCGAGUAAUCACGUCGUAAAUAGCAUGAGCAAUCCGAAUAAAGGAGACGUUGAUAAAACUAUCGACGACAUCGGUUGGAAAUCAAAAUUGAAAAUACCCCCAAAGGACAGAAGAAUAAAAACUAGUGAUGUAACAGAUACUAGAGGUAAUGAGUUUGAAGAGUUCUGCUUAAAACGAGAAUUGUUAAUGGGUAUUUUUGAAAAAGGAUGGGAAAAACCAUCCCCCAUUCAAGAGGCUUCAAUUCCCAUUGCACUUAGUGGUAAAGAUGUACUUGCGAGAGCCAAGAAUGGAACUGGCAAAACUGGCGCUUAUUGUAUUCCAGUCUUAGAACAGGUUGAUCCUAAAAAAGAUUGCAUUCAAGCUUUAAUUGUGGUACCUACACGAGAGUUAGCUCUCCAAACAUCACAAAUUUGUAUUGAACUGGCGAAGCACACAGACAUACGUGUAAUGGUAACUACAGGAGGCACUAAUCUUCGGGAUGACAUUAUGCGCAUUUAUCAAAAUGUUCAAGUAAUAAUCGCUACGCCAGGUCGUAUGAUUGAUCUCAUGGAUAAAAAAGUUGCAAAGAUGGAACAGUGCAGGAUGCUGGUCCUCGAUGAGGCAGAUAAACUCCUCUCUCAAGACUUCAAAGGCAUGUUGGACAUGGUUAUUUCACGAUUACCCAAAGAACGCCAGAUCUUGCUAUUUUCGGCUACUUUCCCAUUGAGUGUUAAGCAGUUCAUGGAAAAGCACUUACGAGAGCCCUACGAAAUUAACCUCAUGGAGGAAUUAACUUUGAAGGGUGUCACACAAUACUAUGCAUUUGUUCAAGAAAGACAAAAAGUCCAUUGCUUAAACACAUUAUUUUCAAAGUUACAAAUUAAUCAGUCUAUUAUAUUCUGCAACUCAACUCAGCGUGUCGAACUGUUGGCAAAGAAGAUAACGGAGUUAGGAUAUUGCUGCUAUUAUAUUCACGCUCGUAUGGCGCAGGCGCAUCGCAACCGAGUGUUCCACGACUUCCGUGCGGGGUUGUGCCGCAACCUAGUGUGUUCCGAUCUGUUCACUAGAGGCAUCGACGUGCAAGCAGUCAACGUGGUUAUCAACUUUGACUUUCCGCGAAUGGCGGAAACGUAUCUGCAUCGCAUCGGACGCUCGGGGCGCUUCGGUCAUCUCGGUAUCGCCAUUAACCUAAUCACGUAUGAGGAUCGGUUCGCUCUGCACCGCAUCGAGCAGGAACUGGGCACGGAGAUUAAGCCGAUCCCCAAAACCAUCGAUCCCGCGCUGUACGUGUCGCGCCCCGAUGAUGAUGACGCCGACAAGUAACGCCGCGUCGCCUUCCGAUCUCGCUCGGUGCAACUAGCUACUAUCUGGACUUGCUGACUGGUGAAUGGAAUUAGAUUAAAACUACAAAAACAAAAAACUUAUUUGUAAAAAGUGUAAUGAAUUUAUUAUAACAAAAUGUGAGUGUAAAUAGUUAUCGUGAAAUAAGACUUAACCUUGAAUGGUUACCUUUUUUAAAAGUGUGUAUAUAAAACGAAACAUCGGGACUUGCAGAGAGUUCUCGCACCCUUUGUCCAUAUUGGAUACUGUACGCGAUUCUCUCCAUUGUUAAACAUAAAAUAUUUAUCUGAAUACCAGCUGUGAGAGUCUACCUAGAUUUGUCCACAAUCUCAACAUAAAUUGUGGUAGACUCUCCACAGAUAACAAAAAGACUUACCCAUAUUUAAAAAAAAUUGAGCUAGCACCGUUUUUCUUUAACUAUUAAAAAAUAUUUGAUCAUGUUGUAAUAUGGGUAAGUUAACAGUCUAGCUCAAACAAAGCUUUUCGACGAAAUGUGACUAAAUUCCGUGUCGUGGCGCUGUUCUUGGUCGCUUAGGACAGUGUCUUUUAUUUUCAAGCCGUAUUUUGAUCUUGGUAUGAAUGGCAUGAGCAAAUUUAGAAUUUCAUAUGGGCUAUGUAAUUAUGUAGCAUUUUUCUGCAUGGAUAGAAGUGGAUUCAAAGGUAAUGCCAGAAUUUAUUUAUUAUGAUUAUCCAAAUUAAUCCAUGCCAUUACUUCGCCAAGAACGCCAAUAUAAUGUUUUUUAACAAAUUCAAGCGACGUAAGUCACAGCCCUAAUCUAUUAAAAUUCACUUGUUAAAAGGGAGUUGGCAGGCCAUAACUUAUCGUGAAGAUGAGAAAUGUUUAGGGUUCCAUAGUCAACAAAGAACCCUUAUAGUUUACGACAAGUUUGUCCUUCAUAUAACUGCAAAAUUUGUUUGCCUCCCUUCUUGAAAACUUACGUUUCUUUCAAUAUCAAUAAAAAGGGAACUGUGACUAUAACGAGAUAGAGAAAUGGGUUGUUCUGUUACGGCUUGCAGACACAGUACAUUUCUUUAUCUGAAGGGAUUAGUGUUAGAGAGCACCUUUAGUUUUCAUUAUGUAAUAAAUCAAUUAAAGCUCUCUGGGGUCUAAAAUUUUGGGAUGUCAAGUGAAGAGUGAUGGUCAUUGUAACAUUACAAACAGGUACUUCAUAUAAUUCAGUUUUAACAAAUGUAGUGUAGACACUGCCUAUAAUCACAAAAUAUCACCAGUUAAUUGUUAGUACAGUAUCUAUCCGAGAGGGAUUCCUUUUAGUUAUUGUAAAAAUACUCUACUAUAUGGCAAUCGAAACCAAAUUACAAAUUUGCAAGUAACAGAUGUUUAUAAUUUUGUUUAUAUAGAGUGAUUGGGUGAAAUUUCAAGUAAAAAAUUUAGUUAUUUUAGAUAAAUCUGUGAUAUUGAUUCCUUGUUUUGAUAUUAUUAUAGCCUUUGCAACUGAUUUGGAUGAAAUGCUGCUUCAGUUGGCCUUCUGAUUGAUCAAACGAUGCUGUUGGAUUAUAAUUAGGUACUGGUAGGACACGGUGUGAUAAUUGGUUUAUUUUAGCGCAUUUUGCUACAUAUAAAAGUGUUCAUGAUUAUGAAUGGUACCUAACUAGGGCACAAAAUUGUUAUUAACUUUGUAGUACCUAUUACUACAGUUAUUUUUUUCUUCUCAAUCUACCAGUCAUGGGGCCGGUAAUACAAAGGCAUAUCAAAAUAAAUGUUUAUAAAAAUAGUCAAAUUCCUCUUAUUCAUCGUACUCAUAAAGUAAUAAAAAGAAACUUGAAUAUACAAAUCAGAAAUGUGGCAGUGCGAUAUAUUCUGUAUUUAUAAUUUACGUUGUUUUAAUCUAUAAAGAAAAUAUAUUGUUGUUAACAUGGGCCAAAAAUAAACUCUUCACGCCA